CCAGUCAGUGCGGGACUGGGAUCCGGAGCCACUCCCGCUCGCCCUGCUGCCCGCAGCCGUCUCCACCCCUCCAGCCUCUUCUUUCAGGCACAUUGAUCUACCAGCUCCUCUCAUCCAGGGUCUGCUCCUCUGGGGAGCCUCCAGCCCCACCUGCCGCAGCCUGACCUUGCAGCAGAGAAGCCAUCCUCCUGCCCACUCUCCGGCCCCUGCUCUCGGUUUUGGGGGGACCAGUUCCCCACUGCCAGCAGCCCAUGCCGAGGUCGGCCUUGUCAGUCAUUUCCUUUUGUCACAGGCUUGGCAAACAGGAGAGAAAACGAAUCUUCAUGGGAAACAGCAGCAACAGUUGGUCCCAUCCGCCGUUCCCCAAGCUGGAGCUGGGGCUGGGCUCGCGAGCUGCGGCGCCCGGGGCCCGGGAGGUGCCUGCUUGCUCCAUCUGCCUGGAGCGGCCGCGGGAGCCCAUCUCGCUGGACUGCGGCCACGACUUCUGCUCGCGCUGCUUCAGCACCCACCGCGUCCCCGGCUGCGCGCGGCCCUGCUGCCCCGAGUGCCGCGAGGUGUGCGGGCGCCGGAAGGGGCUGCGGAGUCUGGGGGAGAAGAUGCGGCUGCUGCGGCGCAGGCCCGCGCCCCCCGCGCCGCAGGAGACCUGCACUGUGAGGGCGGAGCCGCUGCUCCUGGUGCGGAUCAACGCCUCUGGCGGCCUCAUCCUGAGGAUGGGGGCCAUCAACCGCUGCCUCAAGCACCCCCUGGCCAGGGACACGCCCGUCUGUCUCCUGGCAGUGCUAGGGGAACAGCAGUCCAGGAAGAACUUCCUGCUCCAGCACCUGCUUCAGGGCCUCCAGGGCCUGGAGUGUGGCGAAGGUGGUGGGCCCAGAAGUGGGGUCCCCCUGCCCAGUGUCAGGUGGGGGGCCAGCAGCCUCACCAGGGGCAUCUGGAUGUGGAGCCAGCCCUUCCUGCUGGGGAAGGAGGGGAGGAAGGUGGCUGUCUUCUUGGUGGACAUGGGGGAUGCCAUGAGCCUGGAACUGAGCAAGGAAACCAGGACCAAGCUCUGCGCUCUUACCACGAUGCUGAGUUCUUAUCAGAUUCUUAGCAGCUCACAGGAGCUGAAGGAUGCAGACCUGGAGUAUCUGGAGAUGUUCGUGCAUGUGGCUGAGGUGAUGGGCAAGCAUUACGGGCUGGUUCCAGUCCAGCACUUGGAUCUCUUAGUUCCAGACUCCUCCACCCUCAGCAAGGCAGGGCGGGGGCACAUGGGCGACAUCAUUAGGAGAUGCUCCAGCAAGUACCCCAGGGUUCAGGAGCUGCUUCAUGGGAGGAGAGCGCGCUGCUGCUUCUUGCCUGCUCCAGGGCGCUGGGCCAGCAGAGGCCCCAGGAGUCCGAGCGACACAGAUGACGAGUCCCACCACCUCCAUGCCUAUGUGGCGGAAGUGCUGAGUGCAGCCCCUCAGCACGCCAAGAGCCGCUGCCAGGGGUACUGGAGCCAGGGGCGCCCUGUGGCCCGGGGGGACAGACGCCUGCUCACAGGGCAGCAGCUCGCCCAGGAGAUCAAGAAUCUGUCGGGCUGGAUGGGAAGGACCGGGCUGGCCGUCACCUCCCCAGACGAGAUGGCCGCGCAGCUGCACGACCUGAGGACCGUGGAAGCUGCCAAGAGGGAGUUUGAGGAUUUCGUGUGGCAGCAGGACAUGGCCACCAAGCGCAUCUUCUCCGCGCUGCGCGUGCUGCCGGACACCAUGCGGGCCCUGCUGGGCACCCAGAAGGACGCGCUGCUGGCCCGCCACGGCGCCCGCCUGCGGGGCCCGGAGCGCGAGCGCGCGCGGGCCCUGGCCGCGCUGGACGCCGAGCUGCAGGCCGAGGCUAGGCUCUUCAUGGACUCCUACACCGUGCGCUUCUGCGGCCACUUGGCCGCCGUGGGGGGCGCCGUGGGGGCGGGGCUCAUGGGGCUGGCGGGCGGCGUUGUGGGGGCGGGCAUGGCCGCCGCAGCGUUGGCCGCAGAGGCGGGCAUGGUGGCGGCGGGUGCGGCCGUCGGGGCCACGGGCGCCGCGGUGGUCGGGGGAGGGGUGGGCGCGGGGCUGGCGGCCACGGUGGGCUGCAUGGAGAAGGAGGAGGACGAGAGGGGACAGGAAGGGGACCGGGAGCCCCUCCUCCAGGAGGAGUAGUCGCUCUGCGGGACAGAGGUGAGGGAGGGGAAGAAGGAAGCCCGGGAGGGGGCUGAGACACUGUUCCAGAUUCUCUGGCAGGGUAGCCAGCUGAGCCGAGCGUCCACGUGGCCCCAGAAACCUGGGGGACCGAGGCAUUGUCAGGAAAGAAGAUAAAUCCUGCUAGCUGCAGACAGUUGCUAACCUACCCUCGCCCCCAGAUUAACUUGACCCGAGCAACUCUCACCAGCCCUCGCUCCCAGCCUGCCUCCUUUUCCUGGGGUCAUGGAAAUACCAGCCUGGGCCUCUCCUCUGGGUGGACAGGGUCUGUUGUUUCCCACAGAAGUGAGUGGCCUUCCUGUGGGGGCCACGGCCCUGUUACAGAGCUGGGAAGGACACAGGAGCUGACCCCACCUCAAACACCCCGUGCGCUCGCUGUGGACAGAGGCCCAGAGUAGUGAAGCUCAUUCCUGUGCUCCUUCCCAGAGCCCAGGGUACCUGGUGGGGUCCCUGUGGGUGUGUCCUCUGGUGUGAGGUUUCUGAGGGGCAGGUCUGAAGGUGGAGCGCCCAUGUUCGUGCAAUGCCAACUAGCCAAAGAAUAACCCCUUGAGCUGCCUUCUGAGUGAAGCCCACAGCCCUGACAGAGCCUGUGAUGGUCCUGCAGGAGAGCCCAGGGCUCAAGGCCAUCCUGGGACCCAUCUUUCUCCCUGGGACCGGAGAACUUCACUGUCAUGUCAGCAGAAGACCUGCUGGGAGACUUCUGGGAUGUUAAGCUAUAAAGGGUUAUUGGGCACACUGUGUGAGAAAUAAAGUGUGUGAGCUUGAACGAUG